GCCAAUUCUUUUUAUAUAAAUACAUUCAAAAUAUCCAGAACUUGUUUAUUUAACCAGAUUUGAAAGAACCAAAGCGAAAUAAUGACUUUUGAUGAUAAAAAGGGAAUGCAAAUUGCCCUCGAAGAAGCUAAAAAGGGAUACGAAGAAGGUGGUGUUCCUAUUGGAGGAGCUUUAAUCCACGAAGAUGGAACCGUCUUGGGCCGUGGUCAUAACAUGCGUUUUCAAAAAAAUAGUGCUACUCUUCAUGGAGAAAUAUCUACUUUAGAAAAUGCUGGACGUUUACAAGGUUCAGUUUAUAAGCAUUGUACGAUGUAUACCACGUUAUCCCCCUGUGAUAUGUGUUCUGGUGCUUGUAUAAUGUACGGGGUGAAGAGAGUUGUUCUUGGUGAAAAUAAAAAUUUCCAAGGUGCUGAAGAAUUAUUAAAAUCAAAAGGUAUCGAAGUUAUCAAUUUACAAGACCCAGAUUGCGAAGCAUUAAUGACUAAAUUCAUCAAAGAAAGACCUCAUGACUGGUAUGAAGAUAUUGGUGAAUAACCUUCUUCACCCUUUGCUUCAAGUUUACGAUUUACGAUCCUGCUCCAUUCUUGAAUUACUUUGUUCUAAAAAUUCUUCUUUCUUGUUUUUUUGCAU